GGGUCAACUCUUGCUUACCUACCUUUGGCAGCAUUUUUGGUGGAUGAACGAGUUUGUCCGCUGGGAUCCAACGCAGUGUGGCUCCGAUAAGAUUUCUCUUCCCAGGAAAAACAUUUGGGUGCCAGAUAUUGUCAUCAAUGAAUUUAUGGAUGAAAACACAGCCCCCUUUGUGCCGUAUGUGUACCUGCACAGCGAUGGUAGGGUGCACGAUGCCUCACCAAUCAGAGUGGUCAGUUCCUGUAACCUCGAUAUCUACACUUUUCCCUUCGAUAUACAGAACUGCACUAUGACUUUCAACUCCUACAUCCACCUGGCUAAGGACAUAAUGAUUGUCCUGGAUAGGGAUGCAGAAAACAUCACAAAGCUCUCCAAAAGCUGGAUGACCACCAUGGGAGAGUGGGAGCUGCUGGAUAUCACCUCCCAUCACAGUGAAGGAGAUAUCGGGGGGAAUUACAUUGAUGAGCUUGUAUUUCAUGUCAGAGUGAGGCGUCGAGCCACCCUGUAUGUGGUGAACCUGCUGAUCCCCAGCUGCUUCCUCAUCACAGUGGACCUCUUCAGCUUCCUGCUGCCCCCCCAGACUGUGGACCGUUCCUCCUUCAAGAUGACCCUCAUCCUGGGAUACACUGUCUUCCUGCUCAUCAUGAACGACCUGCUGCCUAUCACCGGAAACACCAUUCCUCUCAUAAAUGUGUUCUUCUCCCUCUGCCUGGCUCUGAUGGUGACCAGUCUGCUGGAGACUGUCCUCAUCACCAACCUGCUGUGUGGCUCGGCCGACUUCUCUCCCGUCCCUCGCUGGGUCAGAGUGUUUGUUCUGGAAAUUCUGGGCCGUCUGGUUUGCCUGCCUCAGAAGACUAAAGAAAAGAGUACAUUCUGCAUGAAACCCUACGCUGAGGCGACACAGCAGAAAGCUGACGGGCCUCCAGAGGAGAAGGGGCCAGCGCUGGAGGACAAGGCCCUUCAGGAGCUCAGGAGCCUGGGUAGGGACCUCCAGGCCAUCCGCCUCCAGGUGCAGCAGCAGGAAGGAAGCCAGAGCUCGCAGGAAUGGAUCCAGCGCUGCCCGCUGAAAGUCAAGCCUUCUAAGGUUCUAUUCAUCUUCAUCUCUGUGCUCAUGCAUGUAGCUCCGUGUAGUUCCAUCAUGCAGAACUGCUCUCGACCCGACACACCUUCCCUGCUGGAGGCUCUCCAACCGGUCUUCAAGCUAAACGCAAUUCGACCUACCAUGAAUAUGUCAACGCCCACCAACGUCAGCAUUGGCUUUGUCCUGUUUGGAUGA